CGUGGAGGCAGACACUGUGGAGGUGACGCGAGAUCAGGAGAAUGAUGUGGAUGACAAGCAGGCAGCUGUGAUGAUGAAGAUGUUUGGGAAACUGACCAGAGACUCGUUCGAAUGGCACCCUGACAAACUUCUCUGCAAGAGGUUCAAUGUACCUGACCCCUACCCUGGGUCAGGGUUCGUGGGAAUGCCCAAAGUGAAGAGAGACAAGUUCUCUGUGUUUAACUUCUUGACUGUAUCAGAGAGUCCAACAGCUAGUGCUUCCCCCGCUCCACAAGCUGUGAAGCCCUCUGAGCCAGGGAAGAGGUCCAGGUGGGAUGUGUCUGGCCAGGCUGGGGCUUUGGAGAAGGAGAAGGAUCCUCUCAGUGAGUUCCUCAGUGUGGCUCGAAUUGAAGCCUCUGGAUCAGGACCAGACACCUCUACUACUGAUGGUCCUACAACUGGUCCUACUGUGGAGCCAGACACUGAGAAGGAGGAGGAGGAGGAGGAAGAGGAGAGCAGGCCACCCAUGGAUCUGUUCAAGGCCAUCUUCGCCAGUUCAUCAGACGAGAAGUCUUCCUCUUCUUCUGAAGGAGAGAGUGAGGAGGAGGAGGAGGAGGAAGGUGUUCGGAGCAAGGCUGGGACUGGGCCUCAGAUAUCUAACCAGUUCAAUGUCAACACAAGCCCACCUGCUCCACCUGUGUCUGUAUCAGCUACACCCAGCCAGCACACAGACGUUAUGUUCAAAAUGCCCAGUGGUCCUGCUGCUGCCCCGCCCCCUCAGGACCAGGAAAUGGAAGAGGAGGAGUUUGGACCUCGACUGCCCCCCCCUUCCUCUACAUUGACAGCAGAGAGCCGUCCGGCCCCAACUCCCUCUGCUAAGAACGACAAACACAAGAAGAAGUGUAAGGAGAAGUACAAAGCCAAAAAACACGGCAAGCACAAGAAGGACAAAAAGCAGAAGAAGAAGCACAAGAGGCACAAGCACAAAAGCAAGCAGAAGAAGAGCGGUAGGAAGGAGGAGUCAUCAGACAGCAGCUCAGAGGGGAGUGACGGGAACAGCCAGGAGGAGGGAGGUGGCGUAUCAACAGAAGAGCUGCUCAGAAGGUUGAAGAGCAUCCGUGGGAAGAAUCUGCAGUGAAUCUGUGAUCCGACAGACAGCGGGAUCCACCAUGUCCUCUAUGAGGAUAGAUACUGGAGACUGGAGUCAGGGAUCAUUCUGUAUGGCAUUUAGGAAUUCCAAUAGCCCUGUACCUACGGUGAUGAAAGAGGAUCUUACUCUAAAUAGUAAAUCUCAUUAGAUGUGAGUUUUUGCUGAUCAAUGUCUUGGGCUGAUAUGUUGAGAUAUCAUGAAUUGUUGCCAUCCUCUGUCAAUCAAUAAAAAGUAGAUUUUU